GCGGCCCGGCGGAGCGUGCGCAGUGCGGAGCGGUGAGUGGGGGGGUGCGGGGUACGUGAGGGCCGUCCCUGCGGUUCUAUAAAGGAGCGGGACGGAUGGAGGCAGCCUCCUGGCCUCUCGUUUUGUAGAAGUAGCCAAAAAAAAAAAAAAAAAAAAAAGGCCACUCAGAGCGCUGUGGGAGAGCUGGGUCGUGCCCAGAGCCGUCGUGCCCUCACGGCGGCGGAGUUCCGGUGUCCGAGCACACGGGUGCCGCUCGGGGCCGCCGCGGAGGUUUCGUUCCGCGCACGCCGAGCCGCGGGGCCUGGGUUGGAAGUUACACGGGGCUGCUCGUGGAGAGUGCGCCCGUGUGGGGCUCUGUGCACGCACUGCUCGAGCGCUGCCCCAGGGCGUUUAGCUUCGGCGGCUCGUACUGCGUGUGAGGAGCGGUCACGGCUGGGCCUGCGCCGAGUUACAGCUGGGCUGGUACCUGGAAGCAGACAGUCACUUUAAUCACCCAGCUGUGAUUAAGCUGAGUGUGAGGAGCGGGCGGAGCGCUGUCAUCUGCCCCAGCACUGCUGCGGCCCUGCUGCUCGCCGUGAGGCCAUCUCUGCUCUAGGGGUAGUGCCAGCAAGGGAUGGGCUUCAUGCUUUCUCCAGCCUUACCACGGCCAAGCUGGCUCACACGGGUAUUUGUGAGCUGCCUGCAAGGCGUGGCUGUGGUGGAAGCAUCCCAAAUAUUGUCCCGGAGACCUCUGCCAAGCACUCCACUGUAGGAGUGCAGCUGAUGGAGGCCAUGAAUGAAAAGGAUGAAUAGAAUCAAACCUGGACAGAGCUCUGAGUGCCACUCUGUGACAUUUCCUCCCCUUGCAACAAGGAAUCAUUGAUAGCUACCCCUGGAGUGUAUGUGUGGGUGGGUGACAAUGUCUCACUGGGCUGGUCACCUCUGUACCGUUGCCAAAGUCAGCCUGCUGCUCCUACUGGUUUCUGCAGUGUUUUUCCAGUCAAGCCUAAGCGAGAGAGUUCCCGAAUUUGCCCUUACAAAAAUAGAAGAGAGCGACAUAAAAGAUGGCAGCGGGAAAGAGCCAAUAGCAGGUGAUGAUGCUGAUCCCGAGGACCUGGAAGUGUUUUACCCGACACAUCAGUGGCAAGCUGUCCGUCCAGGUCAAGCUGUUCCUGCAGGGUCACACGUUCGGUUAAAUCUGCAGACAGGAGAGAGAGAAGCCCGGCUUCCAGACAGUGAAAGUGGGAAAAGUGACACAAAAGAAGAGAAAAGAAGAAAAAGGCUGAACAAGAUGGAUAUUGACACAAAUUCAUUCACAUCCCAGGAGCUCAAAAAGGCAUUGGCUAAAAUGAAGGAAAGUGAGAAGGCAGAAAGAAUGGCCCACGAGGAAGAAGUAAGGAAGAAAUUCCGUCCCAUAGAGCAACUGAAAGAAGAGUUUGAAAAGCUGAACGUGAAGAUGGAGACGGAUUAUGAAAUCAUGGAUAAAUUGAUCAGCAAAUUUAACAGCUCCGCUUCCACGCUGGAUGAAAAAGUAGCAGCGCUUUAUGAUCUUGAAUAUUAUGUUCACCAGGUGGACAACGCGAGGGAUUUCCUCUCCAUGGGUGGACUGCGGCUGGUGAUCGAGGGCCUGAACAGCACAGAGGCUGUCCUGAAGGAGCACGCUGCCUUUGUGCUGGGAGCCGCGCUCUCCAGCAACCCCAAAGUCCAGAUAGAAGCGAUCGAAGGAGGAGCGCUGCAGAAGCUGCUGGUCAUUGUGGCUACGGAGCAACCGCAGGCUGUCAAGAAGAAGGCACUCUUCGCUCUCUCCUCGCUGCUGAGGCACUUCCCCUACGCCCAGCAGCAGUUCCUCAAGCUGGGCGGCCUCCAGGUGCUGCGUGGGCUCUUCAGGCAGCCGGGGACCUCAGCGCUGUGUGUCCGUGCUGUGACGCUGCUCUACGACCUCUUCGUGGAGAAGAUGCUGCUGGAGGACUCUCAGCACGGCGACCACGCGGAGGAGAAGGUGCAGCAGUACCGGCGGGUGCAGCUGGUGCCGGCCGUGCUGGAACAGGACUGGUGCGUGGCAGUGCCGGGGCUGCUGGCUUUGCCCGAGCACGACGCACGUGAGAAAGUACUGAAGGCAGUGGCUGUGCUGAUGGAGUUCUGCAGGGAGCGCUUCCGUGGGGACGCAGCCCUGGGUGCCACGCUGGGGCUGCUGCGCAGUGAGUACGAGGAGCUGGCGGCCGCUGAGCGCAGGGACGGCGAUGGGGACGGGUACUUCCAGGAGCUGCUGGGCUCUGUGAACAGCAUCCUGCGGGAGCUGGGCUGAGGCCGGAGCUCGGACGGGUCGGGACAGCGGUGUGAUGUGUGGUGGGCACCUGUGCUGUGUAAGCGCGCUUUGAAUAAACGGCUGAGCUAAGGGAGCCCUCCCA